GUUCCUCAGAACAAACAAAAAAUCUCCUGAAAGUGCUCAUUAAGGACAUUUGUGAGAAUUAAGUCUGUCAAACUUUUAGGACAGACCCGAACUCCGAGUGAAUGUACAUGUAGCUAAACUUGUAAUAUUUCCUUCUGUUUCUGUUCGUUUUUAGAAUCUUAAUUUACUGAAAGUUACUAAUUUAAAUUUCGCGCUGCUCGCUCCGCCUGUAAAGGGAUUAGCACGCUAGCCUGUUAGCUGGGCAGCCAUGUAAAACCAACGGCGGCUGUAGCAUUAAGUUAAGUACGACGAUUAUUUUCUUAAUGUGUGUCCUGAGUUUGGGUACGCUUCUUUAAAAUGGAGGUGACGGACAUCGGAAACAAAGAGGAGGGUAAAAUCUGGCAUCGAAAACCAACAUCAGGGAGAAGUGUGUUGGUGACAGUGGUCCGCACUGCUCAACAAGCCAAGACGGUGCGUUUCCUCCAUGUGGCUUUUGACACCACGGGAGAUUCUUUUCUGGCUGGGGAUCACCAUGGCAACAUUUAUGUUUUUGACAUCAGCAGAAACAGAUUUCGUCUUGUGCAGAAGACAGGACAGGCCUGCACUGCUCUGGCAUUUACCCUCCGCAGAACCACAGAGUUCCUUGUGGCUUUAGCUGAUUACACUAUCAAAUGCUUCGACAAAGACACAAAGCAGCUGGUCAGCUGGAUGCGAGGUCACGAGGGAGCAGUUUCAUCCAUCUCCGUCCACAGCUCAGGCCGCUACGCUAUCACCACGUCCUCAGACACAGCUCAGCUCUGGGACCUGGACACCUUCCAGAGGAAAAGGAAGCUUAAUAUCAAGCAGUCUGUUGGCAUACAGAGGGUGUUCUUCCUGCCUCUCAGCAACACUAUUCUCAGCUGUUUCAGCGAUGACUCCAUCUUUGCGUGGGAGAGCGACACACUGUUCUGCAAAUACCAGCUCCCUGUUCCUGACUGCGGACCCAGAAUCUCCUACAAGGCCUUCGCUGUCGCACGUGAUGGUAAAAGCCUUGCAGCAGGUGGGCGCUCCAACCUGCUGCACCUGUGGUGUCUGGAGAGCAAACAGCUGGUCCGAGUUAUUCAGAUGCCCACGCAGGUUCGAACCGUCAGACAGCUGGAAUUCCUGCCUGACAGCUUCGAUGGAGGAGCCAACCAGACACUGGGUGUAUUGAGCCAAGAUGGAGUGAUGCGUUUCAUCAACAUUCACACAUGUAAACUUCUCUUCCACAUGGGUUCCCACGAUGACGCUAUAACUGCAGUCACAGUCAGCCCUAAUGGAAGACAUGUUGUGGCCAUCAUGGAUAAUGGGAGCAUCAACAUCUACAGUGUCCAGAGUCUCACACAGGAGCUGAACAAGCCUCCUCCAUCCCAGGUAGCAGUUGUCUCCAGUGGUGGAGCUGAUCAGGACCUCUCUGGCCUUAAGGUCAAAGUCAGGUCAGAGGUCGUUCAGAGACCAGCCAAGAGCUCAGGGAGGCGAACACAAGUGAAGAUACUGAGACCUCCUGCUGUGUCUGCAGCUGAGGAUAAAGAGAAUGAAUUACCGGCUGGUCUGAAUAAGAAGAGACUGGUGGCUCUGCUCAAAGCAUUUGGAGAAUAUCCUGCUAAAUACAGGAUGUUUGUGUGGAGGUCUUUGCUGUGUCUCCCAGAGAACCAUGCAGCUUACAGCAGUCUGACUGACAAAGGCCUGCAUUCAGCCUACCUCACUCUCCACGAUAAAUACCCCAUUAAAAGUCACAAACUGCAGAGAGGACUGCAAAGGGUUUUGUCUGCCUUGGCUCACUGGGCAGCCAUCUUUGGAGAGGUGGAGUACCUUCCUCUGGUCGCUUUUCCUUUCGUCAAGCUCUUCCAGAACAAUCCAAUGCUCUGCUUUGAGGUGGUGGCUACUGUCAUAGUGAACUGGUGCCAGCACUGGUUUGAGUAUUUCCCCAACCCUCCUCUGAACAUUCUGAGCAUGGCAGAGAAUGUUCUGGCUCAUCAUGACAAGGAGCUGCUGCAGCACCUGGUGGACUGUGGCGUCACUUCACAGCUCUAUGUGUGGCCUCUGCUGGAAACCUUGUUCUCUGAGGUCUUGACUCGUGAUGAGUGGCUAAAACUGUUUGACAACAUUUUCUCCAAUCAUCCUUCGUUCCUGCUCGUGGCCUGUGUGGCCUACGUCGUCUGCUGCCGAGAGCCUCUGCUGCUGUGCUCCCAGAAACAGGACUUUGAGUAUUUUUUUCACCAUCGUAACAACCUGGAUGUCGGAGCCGUGAUAAGGGAGGCCUACAGACUCAUGGGCAGCACACCGGAUGACAUCCAUCCCAAGACUCUCCUCUCUGACUUCACCCCGCUGACCAAAGGCCAAUACCCCGUGUUUAACCAUUACCCAGAAUUCAUCGUGGAAUACCAAAGCCGAGAGAGGGAGAAGAUACGAUUGCAGGAGAUGGAGUAUCUCCGUGAGAGACAGGAGGUUUCAGCAUUGCGUGCAGAUGUUGUGCGUCGCCGAGCUGAAGAGGAGACCUAUUAUGCACAGCAGGAGAUGCUGCAGAAAGCUGAAGAACAGCGCAGAAACAUCCUAGCACAAGAAGAGGAAAAACUAACACAACAGAGAGCAAAGUUGGCAGCUAUGAAGAGAGAGCUGAAGGUGAAGGAGUUGCAGCUGCUGGAUGCAACUAGAAGACGCUUUCUGAAACACCAGCAGGACCUGAGAGCUGCACAGAUACACAGACUGGACCAGGAGAUCAGCAGAAAGAUGGAUCUCCGUGAGCAGGAGACGGCUGCAGCAGUCCAGGAUCUGGAAGUCAGACAGAUGGAACUGGAGACUCAGAGGAAGCGACUUGAACAGCACUUGUUGAAAGAGCAGGAGCGUGUAGGACGGGAGGUUGAGGAGGAGGUGGAGGUGAGAAUGAGGAAAGCGGAAAGAGAGGAGGAGAGCUUCACAGAGCUGCUGCACAGCACACAGACCAACAUGCAGGCCCUGGAGGAGUCUCUGGCAGAGGCUUGCCAGCUGGGCUUGGAGUCGGACUGGCAGAGAGAGGUGGCGGAUCGCCUGCAGCAGGUCGAUGCUGAGCAGCAGAGGAAGAGGGAGAGACUGGCAGAGCUUCACAGGCAAAUGCUGGCACAGGAGGAGAGACUGGCUGACACCAUGAGAGAUGUGGCAGGAAGUAAGUGGGAUGAAGUGAUGAGUACCAGAGCCCAGUUACAGGAGCAGCGACAGCCCUGGACUUCAGCAGACACAGAUGAGAGAGAGAUGAGAUUAAGGUCACCGUUUUCGACCAGAGGACUUCCUCACAGAUCCACUGCCAUGACUGCUGUUUGUGUUGGACCCAACAUUGUGGGUCCAGCAAUCACAGCCAACAGCGCUACCGGUCCAACCCAGGCAGGAACCAACGUGGUGUGUUUGAACAGCAGUUCACCAUCAGAGAGCACCUCCACCAGCUUCUCCCUGGAUCGAGGCCGGGCCCAGCUGGACAGCAGCGAGAGGGAACUGCUGAAGGAAAUCACAGAACUGAGACAGAAGCUGGCAGCCAGAGCCAGAGAGGGCAGCUCUGCCUCCUCACAGUCUGUCCACACACUGUCCUCUGUCUCCCAGUGACCACAAACUCCCCGCUGUCCUUCAAAGUGUCACAGAAACAUAUUCUUGUCUCAAACUCCCCAGAACGAAACAGAAACAGUGACUCAAAUGAAGCUGAACUGUGGAUAGCUUCUGUCCGACUACCUCUUUCCAAGUGCUUGCAUUCUGUCUUUCCCCGCUUGAGCUACAAAUUUAUUGAUGCAACAAGAGUCAGACAAGUUUAACUGGACAUCAUCAACCACUAUGUCAUGAAAACCCACCUUCUCCAUCUAAACAUCAGCUCUCUGAAGGACAGAAAUGGGUUGAUUAUUUGGGUUUCAGGCUGUGCUGUUGGUAUUAUUAUGAUGUGCACAUGGUGACUCUAGCAUUCAAGUCAACCUGAAAUCUGUGGGUAGGUUCUCUCAUAAUAUCCUCACAUGCUUCAUUCUUCUUAACUGGUUUGUCUUAGCAGCUCAUCUGUAGCUGGUGAAUGUUACGCAAACAAAAUUGUCCAUAGUACAGUAACAAAUCUUGCAGGAUUGGUAACCACAAACACAAACUAUCACAUCUCUGUUAUACUACCAUCAUUCAUGAUUUUGUUUCUUUUUUUAAUGCACUGGUUUAUAUACUGUUUGUUUUAUUUAAAACCUCUUUGGAUAAAAUAAUUUUAAAGUCCUGGCUUUGGCUCCUUCAUGCCUGCUGCCUGCAGGUGCAAUUUUUCCAUCUAUAGAAUACAAUUAGGUGAAAAUAUAAUCUAAAUGACAGAAGUUAUUUUUCGAUUGGACAUUUGGAAGUCGUUUCCAGACAGUAGGCAGGUUUGAUUUAUUAAAACAGGCAAAAAUCAGACCAGUUAGGACCAAAAAAUCAAGUGUAAUUAUUGUAAAGCAGCUCUUUGUGCCUCUGCUGCUCUCCACUGAGCCUGGGUGUGUCAGCAACAUGUCUGUCUCUGCCUUCAGUCUUUAAGCAUACAGGUGUUGCCUGACGUGAAAUGACAGCUAUCUCCAUUCCUGUCACUCAUUCAUUUGUGUCCCUCCACCCAGCUUUUAUCUGUGCUCACCUGCUCUGCAUCGCUCAGUCUCAGCUCUGCAAAAUGAGCCCACGGUGCUCUGUUCUGUUAUCACCCAUCCAGUUAAUUAACCAACAACAAUGUAAAUGGGAUGUUUUUAGAAGCAGAGCAUGGCAUCUUGAAGGCAAAUUUCCCACAGUAGGCUGUAACCACUGUUCCCUCUAAGCUGCGCGCGUGCGCAAUUGCACACUGCUGACACGGUCUCCACGCACAGAAAAUCUGCGCUGCGCACAAAAAAAAAUCCAACCUAAAUUGUAAAUAAAAUAAACACGUAACAAUUCAUUCUGUGCUAUUUUUCAGUGUGAGUAAGUGAGUGACCGGUGACUGGCUGCUGCAGCCAAUGAUGCGAUUCACAUACGUAUUUACCAUAGACUGUAUAUAAUGGUAUUUACGCAGCUAAUCAACGUCAUGCGUCCUUAUGUGCAGCCACCGUUGUUCUCAUAGAUAUGAAUGAGUAGAUAGGACACGCCCCUUUGAGCUGCGUGCUACAGCGAGGCUAAGCUAGUGGGGGCAAAGUUUCAGUACAUUCCGUUGAUGUAGGCGGGAAAAUGGAAACAAGUAUGCCGUCUCACUGUGCUGCAUACAAUUACACACUACAUCGUACGAUUGAGACAAGGAAACUUGAAAUGACUUUUCAUAGGUGAUGAUUGGGAUUACAGGCAGUUCUUUAGGACUGCUCUCAAAUAAUUGAAAUGUUACUAAACAAGGUUAUACUUAUCAAAUUAAAUAGCUCUGGUCUCCAGUAUAUUGGCGAAUUCGGUUCUUUGUACUGAAUUUAUUAGCGUGAUUUCUUUUUAAUAUGUUGUGUACAGACUUAAUUACUUCUCUGUCUACUUUUCUUACUCCAUGUAGGUUUCCCAGAGACUAUGGGUUGAGGAGGAAUUGGAAGUUUGUCGGCUUAGACCUGUGUCAUUCCAUCAGUGUUAAACUUCCCGGCUCAUCUUGGAAGAGUAUGUGCCAGAAAGACCACGACCAAGCAGCCUUGAGAUCUUAGGCAGCGUCUCCCUGAGGUCCCUCUCUAUCUCCCCACACAUCCACCAACCACUGGAACACAUCUCCAAAGUUCUGCCGGGCCAGCUCAGCUUCCCCUCAGAAGAAGUGCUGCCACCUGCCAGAUGAAGGAGGCUUUUGAGAGGCAGCUGGCAUCGUGAUUGGACUGUACUUUGGUCUGUUCCAAUCCAGCUUCAGCUCCAGAGACGGCAGGCGGGACGAGUCAACGGAGGCCGGGUGGACGAAGGCAUGCAGCUGAGUACAAUCCAGAAAACAACAGAGGAGGAGUGCAGUGGCCCAGGGCCAGAACAAACAGAGUAGCAUCGUAUGUCUCUUAGAAAACAUCAUAGUAUAGCCUUUGGUAUGAAAAAACGCCAUCAUAUACAUCGUAUAUUGUACAAAUAACAAGUCAAAGGAAAGAGACAUACAUUGUAGAAUUGUAGUAAUUGUGGGCUGACUGAUUUACUGAUUAUCAGUUUAUUUUUUACUGAUUUACGGUAAUAAAUACAUUUAAAAAUGGU